GGUGCUAGGUAUAAUGCGACCACUUUAUGCUGUACUUCAGUAUGCACAUAAGACAAGGAUGCAUUCUGGGUUUAUGCCUAGGAUGAUGGCUGCUAGGGAAGAAUUGCUCUCUCUUUUUAAAGAGGGGUCAGAAGAUUUGAAGAAUGUAAUAGAUGUGGUGGACAAGAGGGUGGAAGAUCUGUACAAUGACACUCUCAUGAUUGCAGCUGGUAUGCUUGAUCCCGACGCUCACUACAAGUAUGAUCUUGCCAGCAAUCCACAUUAUAUGCAAGCAUUCACAAUGGCUAUUCAGAAGGUUGCAGACUCACCUGCAAAUGCAGCUGAGGCACUUGAACAAUUUGAAAUGUUCCGUUCUUCCAGUGGUAGGUUUGACAAAGAAUUAGCUCGGCAUGGAGCUGGCAAAGCGGGACCAGCUCAUUGGUGGCUGCUAUAUGGAGGAGAAGUCAGAAUACUACAGGGUUAUGCGUUUCGAAUCGUGUCUCAGUGCAUGUCCUCUAGUGGGUGUGAGCGUAACUGGAGCCCAUUUGCAUUAAUGCACGCACAAGCAAAAAACCAGCUAGCUUAUGAAAAGCUCCACAAGUUGGUCUAUGUCCGCUACAAUCUCAGGCUGCGGACCGAAGAAUCCAAAAUAGACAACGAAGAAAAAGAUGGCAAGGGAAAUAAAGAGUUUGAUCCUUGCUGGAUGAUGAUGGAUGUUGAACUAUAUGAUAAAGAAAACCCUAUCAUGGAUUGGCUGAAUAUCCCUAGGACAGGGAGUGCAUCUUUGACUUUACUGGAUGAUGCAAAUGAAUGUGAUCCUGCUACACCUUCUAGGGCUGUGGUUGAUAUGAUAUGCAAGGCGGUAUCGAGUGAGGAUGUCCUUGACAAGCCAAUCGGGGCCUGGGAAUCAAAGAAGAGUGGCAUGCUCGAUGGUAGGAGGCAAAAGAGGAAGAAAGGGAAAACAGCUACUAAUGUUGAGGGUUCGUCGCACGCAAUGUCUACUAGGAACAAGAAGAAGGAUCUCUCCAGCCCCCGCUAGCCUCUUGCUGGUGAAUCUAAAACCUCUGCAACAUUGUGAAUGGUGGUUUUAUCCCGAUGGAUUCAGCAUUUGCUAAGAACUGGAGUAGAAAUAGUGGUUAAUUCUGAAGCACAAGAAGCAGCUAUCCGCAGACGCCUGAGAUCUGAUACCCAGAGGAUGCUAGAUCUUAGGGCCGUGUUUUCUUGCUGAUCUGGAACCCUAGAUGCUGUGAACUUGUUAUUCUUGAUGACUUUUCUGAUCGUUUGCGUGGAGUAUGAUGCUUGGUAGGUUAGAUCCCGUUUGUGAAUUCUUCUAAUCGUGGCUGGUCAUUUUGUUAUAUCAGGGUGAAAUCUGCUGUUCCGGCGAUCACUGAUCCUGUAGAGGUUCCGGUGUAUGUCCGAAUAUUAUGCGCCUUUGAAUCUCUAAUCGAC